AAAUCAGGGAUAAUAAAUCAUAGUUUGAAACUGCAGAGACUCUUCUAAAUUCAGAAGUACAUAUGCUUCUUGAGCAUCGUAAGCAACAGAAUGAGAGUGCAGAAGAUGAGCAGGAGCUUUCAGAAGUCUUCAUGAAAACCUUGAACUACACAGCACGCUUCAGCCGUUUCAAAAACCGUGAAACCAUCGCCAGUGUCCGUAGUUUGCUGCUCCAGAAAAAGCUCCAUAAAUUUGAACUGGCAUGUUUGGCUAACCUGUGUCCUGAGACAGCUGAGGAAGCAAAAGCUUUGAUUCCGAGCCUGGAGGGCCGAUUUGAAGAUGAGGAAUUACAGCAGAUCCUUGACGACAUUCAGACUAAACGCAGCUUCCAGUAUUAAGGUUAAUCCUCAACGCCUUUAACUGAACAGAAAAACCUGGGAACUUUGACUCUUUCUCAGCCCUCUGGAGCAGUCCCGCUCAUGGCUGAGCGAAGGGAGUUGUGGACAUGGGGCACUCCAGUGCUGCGUUGUACAGAGGCGCAGUCAGACUGGAGAUCAGGUCUGUCCCACGUGUACGUUGGUAAGGACGCCUGUAUUGUGAGAGCCAAGAACCUGAAAAGUCUUUUCACUGGUGGCUCAAGUAUUUGUUUCUUCCAAAUCCCUCUCCCUGCCUUGGGAAUUUUCAAUGUGUUUCUGUUUUUUAGCAGAAAUGUAGAUGUGACUUUUUUUUUUGGUGAACUUUUAAAGGAGAAAAUUGUUCUCGACUCUUGGAAGGUUUAGUGAUGGGCAGCAUCAACUUCUGUGGUGGGUUUUUUGUUUGGUUUGGUUUUUUUAUCAUUUGAUCAGGACAGUGGAU